GUAUUGUACAUCACCGGUAAGACCACGAGGUUUUCAAGAUGGCGGCUGGCAGAGUGGAUUCGGAGGGAAGGAAGUCCAACCGGUCUGAAUCACAAAAUGAAAUGGAUCAAGAGGAUUAUGAGGAAGAGGAACCCGAUUUCAGUGAUCCAGAAGACUUUAUAGACGAUAUAUCAGAUGAAGAUCUUUUACCCGAUAUUUUCAAAAACAAACCAAAUGAAACAGAUGGUAUUGAUUCUGUUGUGAUUGUUGAUAACGUGCCACAAGUUGGUCCUGAACGAUUAGAAAAACUGAGAAAUGUUAUCACUAAAAUUUUCAGUAAAUUUGGUAAAAUCAAGAGUGAUUUUUAUCCAGUUGAUGAAAAAAAUGUAACUAAAGGGUAUUGUUUUGUUGAGUUCUCUUCACCUCUUCAUGCUCAAGAAGCUGUGAAAGUCGCUGAUGGAUAUAAACUUGAUAAACAACAUACAUUUGCUGUUAAUCUCUUUUCUGAUUUUGAGAAGUAUGAAAAGGUUCCUGACGAAAUUGAGCCCCCAGAACCCAAGCCUUACCAAGAUCCAGGUAACUUGAUGUAUUGGCUACAAAAUAAAGAAUGUCAGGAUAUGUUUAGUGUUAUCUAUGAAGGUGGAGAAAAGACAUGUAUAUAUUUAAACACUACAGAACCUUCUGUAGUUGAAGAAAGAGCUAGGUGGACAGAAACCUAUGUAAGGUGGUCUCCAAAUGGUACAUAUUUAGCUACUCUUCAUUUGAAGGGUAUAGCAUUAUGGGGCGGAGUAAAAUUCAGUCAAAUCAUGCGAUUUAGUCAUCCUGGUGUACAGCUCAUUGAUUUCUCACCCUGUGAAAGAUAUCUUAUAACCUUUAGUCCCGUUCAAGAACCCCGUGAUGAAUCCGAGUCAAUUAUUAUAUGGGAUAUUAGAACAGGUCUUAAAAAAAGGGGUUUCUUCUGUGAAAAUCAAAGUACCUGGCCAAUCUUCAAAUGGAAUGCUGAUGGAAAAUAUUUUGCUCGAAUGGGUCCAGAUGCAAUCAGUGUUUAUGAAACACCAUCAUUUGGUUUAUUAGAAAAGAAAAGUAUAAAAAUUCAAGGUGUCAGGGAUUUUACCUGGUCUCCGACAGAUAAUAUGAUAGCUUACUGGACAUCUGAGCAUGAACAUACGCCUGCACGUGUAGUUUUGAUUGAAAUACCCAGUCGUAAAGAACUUUGUGUUAGAAAUCUGUUUAAUGUGGCCGAUUGUAAAAUGCACUGGCAGAAAGCAGGGGAUUAUCUUUGUGUUAAAGUUGACAGAUAUUUUAAAGCCAAAAAAACUGAUGAAACAGAUCAGAUCAAAUAUAGUGGUAUCCAUUAUAAUUUUGAAUUGUUUCGAGUGAGAGAAAAAUUAAUCCCUGUAGAUAAAGUAGAAACAAAAGAUCAGGUUAUGGCCUUUGCAUGGGAACCAACAGGUUCUCGGUUUGCCUUUAUACAUCAGGAUGCUCCUAAAAUAAAUGUUACUGUUUAUAAAAUGAAACCAGACGGAAAAGUUGAGCUACUCAAAACAUUAGAAAAGAGAGUUGCUAACCAUUUAUUCUGGAGUCCAACUGGUCAGUUCCUUGUUCUAGCUGGUUUAAGAAGUAUGAAUGGUGUAUUAGAGUUUAUAGAUACAACUGAUAUGACAAUAAUGAAUCAAACAGAACACUUUAUGGCUACUGAUGUAGAAUGGGAUCCAACAGGAAGAUAUGUAAUAUCUGCAGUUAGUUGGUGGGGUCAUAAGGUUGAUAAUGCAUUCUGGAUUUGGAGUUUCCAAGGUAACUUAUUACACAAACAACCAAUGGAUAGAUUUUGUCAGUUAUUAUGGCGACCAAGACCACCAACCUUAUUAUCAGAGAAAAAGAUUAAGGAGGUUAAGAAGAAUCUGAAAAAAUAUUCUGGAAUAUUCGAUGUUGAGGACAGCCAAAAGAAGAAGACGGCUUCAAAGGAAUUAUUGGAGAAACGUCAACAAUUAUUGGAUGAAUUUGAAGAAUAUAGAAAACAGAAGGUGGAAGAAUUUAAUAAAACUCGGGAUAUACGUAUUGAAAUGAGAGAUGGUGUUGAUACGGAUGAAUUGGACAGUCAUGAAGAAAACUUUGAAGAAGAAACAAUUGAAUUUCUGGUUAAAGUUGAAGAAAUCAUCGUCGAAGAGUAGACUACAGACAUUUUCUCGUUUUAUUGUGUGGCAGCCAUCUUGAAAACUUAUUACAACCUCGGUAUUGGAAGAAUUGCAAUCAUAAUAUAUAUUGCGGAAGCUGUUGACAUAUCUUCAGACUUCUGCUUGCCAAUCAAUCUUGCAUUUUGCAAAUUUAAAAUUGUAAUUAUUAAAUAAUUGUUGGUAUAUGGUAAAUAUAUAUUGUUUUUUUUUUUUAAAGUGCUGAUCAUGGAGUUGCUGUCAAUAUUUGUAUGUUUCUGUUUUUUGAGAGGUAGAAUAAUCAAAUUAUUAGUCUUUAAUUCACAUUAUUUCUCUAAUAGUAUUCUAUAUGGCUAUUAUUCAGGUUAUUAUUCUGUGCCAUUUCGGAUAGAAAAUCUUUAUUUAAUUAGAAAGUCUGUAAUUCAUUCUAAAUUUCGUUAUAUUAAAAUUAAUUUUAAUCAAA